CCGCGGCGGCUACCCGAGGCUGCGGAGGGGAAAGAGAUCCGAGGCCCCGAGGCGGCCCUGCAUCUGGCCCGGGCACGCGGGGGCUGCUUCUGCACCCCCAGCCGAGGGCCGCGGGGCCUGGCCUCGUCGCGGGGUGGAGUAGCCUCCUUGCCCCUGGCCGCCAGCGCCCUGAGUCUGCCUGACCCCUCAGGGGGGCUCGCCCGCAGCCCCCCAUGAGCGCGCCCGGCUGACCCUCAGGGCGGCCGCGGUGGAGCCCGGGAGUCGCGGGUACGGCGGGACCAUGGCCUCGCUGGACCUGCCCUACCGCUGCCCCCGCUGCGGGGAGCACAAGCGCUUCCGGAGCCUGUCGUCGCUGCGCGCGCACCUGGAGUACAGCCACACGUACGAGACGCUCUACAUCCUCUCCAAGACCAACAGCAUUUGCGACGGCGCCGCGGCGGCCGCGGCUGCCGCCGCCGCCGCCGCCGCCGCCUCCGGCUUCCCUCUGGCGCCUGAGCCUGCCGCCCUGCUGGCCGUGCCAGGCGCCCGGCGCGAGGUCUUCGAGAGCACGUCCUUCCAGGGCAAGGAGCAGGCGGCCGGGCCGUCCCCCGCGACGCCACACCUGCUGCACCACCAUCACCACCACGCACCCCUCGCCCACUUCCCUGGCGACCUGGUGCCCGCCAGCCUGCCCUGCGAGGAGCUGGCUGAGCCGGGCCUCGUGCCCGCCGCCGCCGCGCGCUACGCGCUCCGCGAGAUCGAGAUCCCUCUAGGGGAGCUAUUCGCCCGCAAGUCCGUGGCCUCCUCGGCGUGCUCGACGCCGCCGCCCGGGCCUGGCCCCGGGCCCGCCUCUGCCUCGCCCGCGUCUCCCUCGCCUGCCGAUGUGGCUUACGAAGAGGGCCUGGCUCGCCUUAAGAUCCGCGCGCUGGAGAAGCUGGAGGUGGACCGACGGCUGGAGCGGCUGAGCGAGGAGGUGGAGCAGAAAAUCGCGGGCCAGGUGGGCCGGCUUCAGGCCGAGCUGGAGCGCAAGGCGGCGGAGCUGGAGACUGCGCGGCAGGAGAGCGCGCGGCUGGGGCGCGAGAAGGAGGAGCUGGAGGAGCGCGCUUCCGAGCUCUCGCGCCAGGUGGACGUGAGUGUGGAGCUGCUGGCCUCGCUCAAGCAGGACCUGGUGCACAAGGAACAGGAGCUGAGCCGCAAGCAGCAGGAGGUGGUGCAGAUUGACCAGUUCCUGAAGGAGACAGCGGCGCGGGAGGCCAGCGCCAAGCUGCGGCUGCAGCAGUUCAUCGAGGAGCUCCUCGAGCGGGCCGACCGCGCUGAGCGGCAGCUGCAGGUCAUCAGCAGCAGCUGUGGCAGUACUCCCAGUGCCAGCCUGGGCCGCGGAGGUGGGGGAAGUGGUGCUGGGCCCAGUACCCGGGGUCCAGGCAGGACGCGAGAACACCACGCGGGCCUGGCCAUGCCUAGCACGUAUGCAGUGUCACGGCAUGGCUCCUCUCCCAGCACAGGGGCCUGCAGUCGCAUCCCAGCUGCAUCCCAGAGCUCAGGCUGCUAUGACAGUGACAGUCUGGAGCUGCCCCGGCCAGAAGAGGGGGCCCCUGAGGACAGUGGCCCCGGGGGCUUGGGCACACGGGUCCAGGCUGCCAACGGCGGCUUGGAACGGGCCCAGCCCCCUCGCAGCUCAGGCCUGCGGCGCCAGGCCAUCCAGAACUGGCAGCGCAGACCUCGCCAACACAGCACGGAGGGGGAGGAAGGUGACGUCUCGGAUGUGGGCUCCCGAACCACCGAGUCAGAGGCUGAGGGCCCCUCGGAUGCCCCCCGCCCUGGGCCUGCUAUGGCUGGGCCGUUGAGCAGCUGCCGGCUCUCUGCCCGCCCUGAGGGAGGCAGUGGGCGGGGUCGGCGAGCUGAGAGGGGCAGCCCCUCACGCUCCAAUGAGGUCAUCAGCCCGGAGAUCCUCAAGAUGCGAGCCGCCCUGUUCUGCAUCUUCACCUACCUGGACACGCGCACACUGCUACAUGCCGCCGAGGUCUGCCGGGACUGGCGCUUCGUGGCCCGCCACCCUGCCGUCUGGACACGGGUGCUGCUUGAGAAUGCCCGCGUCUGUUCCAAGUUCUUGGCAAUGCUGGCUCAGUGGUGCACCCAGGCGCACUCGCUGACACUGCAGAACCUGAAGCCCCGGCAGCGGGGCAAGAAGGAGAGCAAAGAGGAGUAUGCCCGGAGUACCCGGGGCUGUCUGGAAGCAGGGCUAGAAUCUCUGCUGAAGGCAGCUGGGGGGAAUCUGCUGAUCCUGCGCAUCUCCCACUGUCCCAACGUCCUCACCGACCGUUCGCUCUGGCUGGCCAGCUGCUACUGCCGCGCCCUGCAGGCUGUCACCUACAGAAGCGCCACGGACCCGGUGGGCCAUGAGGUCAUUUGGGCCCUGGGCGCAGGCUGCAGAGAGAUUGUCUCCCUCCAGGUGGCGCCACUUCACCCCUGCCAGCAGCCCACGCGCUUCAGUAACCGCUGCCUACAGAUGAUCGGUCGCUGUUGGCCCCACCUCCGGGCCCUGGGGGUCGGGGGUGCUGGCUGUGGGGUGCAGGGCCUGGCAUCACUCGCGAGAAACUGCAUGCGACUGCAGGUCCUGGAGCUGGACCACGUGUCGGAGAUCACCCAAGAGGUGGCGGCUGAGGUCUGCCGGGAAGGCCUGAAGGGACUGGAGAUGUUGGUGCUCACGGCCACCCCUGUCACCCCCAAGGCCCUGCUGCAUUUCAACAGCAUCUGCCGGAACCUCAAGUCCAUUGUGGUCCAGAUUGGGAUUGCCGAUUAUUUCAAAGAGCCCAGCAGCCCUGAGGCCCAGAAGCUGUUUGAGGACAUGGUGACAAAACUCCAGGCCCUACGGCGGAGGCCCGGCUUCUCUAAGAUCCUGCACAUCAAGGUGGAAGGCGGCUGCUAACCCGGGUGGGGGGCGGCAGGGCCCCUGCCAGCCCCACACCAGGGCACCCUCUUUGGACCUCCAGAGGGACCCUGAUUUGUACUAGACCUUUGGAGGCCUAGUGUUAUCCCUGGCUUCCGCGGAGGGGUUGUCAGUCUCCUGUCCUGCUGGGACAGUGGAGCAAGAGGCCUGACCCUGAGCACUGCCUCUCCAGGGCCGGGGCUUGGACAGCUGUCCCCCGACUCCCACCCCAACCCCAGCUGAAGCAGCUUUCUGGGCCCAGUCAGCGAAGAGCUGAGUCCCACCAGCACUUGGUGUCGUCGCCCUGAAGAUCUGCAAUAACCACCAGUGGCGCCUCGGCCGCUCGGGCUGCUGGGGCAGGCCUCCCCUUUGUGAGGUCCAGCCUCCUGGUCAGGAGCCUCUGUUAAGCUCCAGGCCAGAGGGUUGCUCCACAAGGCAGCUCGGACUUGGCAAGGAGGGCUCUUCUCUUCCCCCUGCCGUGUCCCAGCCUUCUGUGGGGCACCCCCUCCAGGCAGCCCGCUGGGGCUCUGGGUCCGUAUUUUCCAGGGAUAACCCUAGGGGUCUGGGGAUGCGGCCAGCCGAAAGUGAGAGGUAGGGGGUGCAGCGAGGUAGUGGGGUGGGCGUGGAAGGGCAAGACGUUCGUCCAGAACUUCUCCCCAGGACAUCGAGACCACCCCUACCAAGGUAGAGAAAACUUCGAGUUUUUAUUGCUGUAGAAAAGACAAGAUCCCUCCCAGCCACCACAUACCCACGACACACCAGAACUAAAUUCAGAGCUAAAAGGUGCAUGUUUCUAUAACUUCCACCAAUCCCAAGUCUCUGGGAAACGGUGUCAGCAGUUCCUGUCCUCCAGGAAUGUACUUCUAAUCCGGGUGCUUGGGCAGGAAUCUGAUGGUCUUUGGGUCCCCAAGGCUGUGUGAGAGGGAAUCACUAGGCUGCCCUCUGUGCUAGGGCCUGGAGGAGUCCAGAAGGAGGGUGGUUUAGUUUGCUUCCUCGUCUGGCUAGCUUGCUUAAAGAUGUGGCUUUGGUAGGGAGCCAGACCCAUGGGGCCAAGAAUGAGGAAGAGCCCCCGCCUCACUGGACUUGCCUCCCUCCUCAAUCUCCACUGGCCUCACAGGCUGAGGGCUGUGUUGGGGGUCUUCUGCCAGGGGCAGUGCUGGGACCUGAGCCAGAACCACUGACUUAAAAUGCAAAUGGGGGCUUUCACCGACCCUUGCACGGUUCCCAGAGGGCUAGGUCCUGGCACUAUGGCUCUAAAGACUCAGGUCUCCCCAGUUCCGCCUCUCAGGACUCCCACAGUGGCGCAAAGGCCGUGGGUCCUGCCAACCUUCAUUUGGAAAGUUCUUUCAAACAUUGAUCUAGGUCCAUCUUAGGGUUUCCUUCUCUCCUGUUACAGGGUGGGCUCUCAGCCCUAAUCAUUAGGCCACUGGUCCUGGCUGGGGCUGGGCUCCUCUAGUUUCUCAGUCCUUUCCAGAAACCCAACUUUCUGCCGCAACCUGGCACGGACAUCAGCCCUGCUCUGGGUUACCCUGCAACGAGGCGUCCAGAGCUGGGACCCCACAGGAUCAGAAGUGUACCCAGCUCUCCUGGCUCCCCACUCAGCUGUGUCCUGGCUGUUUUCAUUGUUGAUGAUUUUCCUCCCGUGGCUUGUUCGGGCCCUGCCCUUUGAAGACGCCAAAUACCAAGGGUGGCAUGUUGGCAGCUCCUUGUCCAGUCCUGCACGAAGCCUUGUCUGUGUGGCAUCCCCACCCCAGAGCAGCUAGUUCCAUUGGCUCUUACCUCCUCAGCCCUGUCCCCAGGAGUCACGAAGGAGAAGCACAACUUUCCUCUGUUCUGGGGCCUGGGACGGAGGUGGAGGUCCACUCGGCCUGGUUGCCCUGGGUGUGUCUGUUCUGCUUUGCCAACUGCAUCCUCCCUCCCUAGCCCCUGCCCCCUGUGACCCCAGGAUGUCUCCCGGACAAAGCACAAAGGGAUGCCCUGCUUGGCCUGAGCCUGUCCUACUGAGGGGCUUUUUCUGCCCUAGGUAGCCUCCAUCCCUGAAUACAAGGCUUUGGGCAGUUUCUCCCUGGGAAGAUGCCUGCUGGAAUGCCUGGCAUCAGUUCUGGGAGAGGUCAGGGUGCACAGGCAGCAGGCUUGAGUGGGAGAAAGGUGGUGCUGAAAGGCCUGACGGUUGUCGUAGGUUCCUUCUGUGCAGUAGCGCCGAGCACCACCGGCACUGGGGCAGCAGAGUGAACGAGACUCCCCUCUCCUGCUGGUGGGGAGUUUGCCUCUCAACAAGUAUGGCUGUUUCCAGGAAACCCACCAAGCCCCCCGCCCUGUAUUUUCUAGCUGAGUGUGUGAGGGCUGUGUGGGGAGCAUAUUGCACAGGUCCGUGGGAACGAUGGGUCACAGCCUGUACCGCUGCACACCUGGGGCUGACAGACUUGCGUGCCCUGGCCUUCAUAUGUGCCCUGAGAACUGGCGGGUUUGCGGGCUCCCCACCAGCUUGAUGCUAUUUUUGCCUCUCCUCAGGGGGAUGAGCCCUGCUGCUGAGUGGAGAGCUUUUGUUCACUUGGUCACUUCUCUGGCAAGCACACAGCUAGGGCUGAGGGUGGGGAACAGGGAUGGGGAGGGCCUGGCCACCCCCUAGGAGCACCUUAUUCCUCACUCACCCACAGGAGAGCCCUCUUCCACAUCUCACACCUUGAUGAGAUGCAAAAGAGGAGUAUCUGUGAGAGCAAACCAACACAGGCCCUGCUCCAGGGGUCCCAGCAUGUGUAGAGGCCCCAUGGGUGAUGGCCACUUGGUGUCCUUACCACCUCUCCUUGCCAGCCCAGCGCCUGGGAGGCUUGGGGUAUUUGGCUUGAGUGUAUCGUGCUUUAUUCAGGCUGCCUCCCCACAGCACAGGCAGAGAACAAAGGAGAUGCUGUAUCUGCAUCCCUGAGGGAGAGAAAGUGGGCUACCCAGAACCAUGGCUUUUCACUGGCCAGGAGACCACCUAAGGACCAAGGCAGCUCAUGGUUUCCUAGUCCCAUGAGAGUGGAGUUUGAGCCAGUCCCUCAGCAAUUGCU